AUGAAACUCGCGGAUGAUGCUCAACAGCAUCUUGCAGCGUUAAAGUCUUUAGGGGUCACAGUCGGUUCUGAAAUGGUAGUAUAUCUUUUAGAGAGUAAAUUGCCGAGACACACGAUGGACAAGUGGGAAGCGUUAAUUGAGAAAGAUGAAUUUCCCACACUCGAGCAAAUGUGUGAUUUUUUAUAUAGGACAGCGGUUUGCGCGUCGAGACGCGAGAAACCGAGAUUAUGCGAAUCCGAACGAAACAAGGAUGCACCCCCGGCGAAAAAGGCACGAGUAUCUCCCUCAACUCGGGCGUUCGUAGUAAACGCGUCGCGUAACUGCAUCGUGUGCAAGGAUAAGAAACAUCCACUUUAUCUUUGUCAUAAAUUUAAGCAAAUGUCUGUGCCGGAUCGCAUCGAGACGGUAAAAAAUGCAAAAAUUUGUUUUAACUGUCUACGAUUUCAUAAAGGAAUACCGUGUAAAUUCUCUAAUUGUACAGUUUGCAAACGACGUCACAACACACUUUUACAUCUUGAAAAACUGACAGAUAAAUCGGAUGGUACUAACACUGAAGUUUCUCAAUCAAAGUGA